AUGGUUUGUGACACGAUAGUUUAUCAUCCAACGAUUACAAAGUUUAUCUCCUUGUUGAAUAAGACAGCCGGUCGGGAGAAGAUCUUGAGACUUUUGCAGUACUUAACUAGGUUUUUGGCUGUGCAGUAUAAGUCUGGUUUGAGCAGACAAUUGCAGGUUGAGUUCGGCACUGUCAGAAAACUUCUAAGGUUCUUCAAGCCACUGAACCACGUUCAAGAUGCCGCAAAGUUGUACGAUAACAAGAUAGCGCCAGAUCAGUGGAUCAGAUGGCUGUCGAUAAUCAAAAACCUCGGCUAUGUUGGCUAUCUUUCGUUGGAUCAGAUCAAUUUACUACGUAUAUUAAAGCUCGUGAAACCCACACCAUUUACCGCCAAGAGGGUUCCACGCUUGACCAAUUGGUUCUGGUUUGUUGCAUUGAUUGCAGGUUUGUGCAGUGAUCUCCGUAAUCUAUACACGUCGCAAAGGAAGAUUGCUGCUGCCUUGGUUCACGAAGAGGAAGGGCCAGAAAAGUCCGAAUCCGAAAAGCUAAACACUUUCUACAACCAGAGAUUUGCAGCCUUCAGAAGAUUAAUCUGGGACUCGAUAGAUACAUUCAUCGUCUUGAACAACUUACAAUUCCUACGUAAUGACGAGUCUAGCGUCGCCCUAGCUGGUGUCGCUACCUCUGUGUUUGGGUUGCAAGAUCUCUGGAAGGCUACUAAAUAG